AUGAGCCACCAGAGACGAGUGCCUGAAUUCGGUCUCAACUCCACCUCGAUGAGCGAUUUAUUGUCCCCAGCCUUAUCAAAUGCCGUUUUCGAGGUUCUACACGAGAAAAUGAGAUCCCUUCUCGAAAAUGAUAUGUCGCUGAUGCAACAAUUGGUGUCAUUGUCGGAUAAGGUUAACGAGUUGAAAGUGGGAAUGAGACGAGCGAGAAGCGAACGGAAAUUGUCUGGCGGGAAUUCGAGUGAAGAUGAAGAGGAGGCGAGACUGAGGAGUGAGGUCAGGGAAAUUCAAAUA